GUCGCCGCCGCCACCGCGGGCUCCGCCACCUGCCACUGCGCGUUAGGCGGGGGAGGAGUCGGAGGCGGAGAAGAAGGCGGUGGUGGCGGGUGGAGGAUCGAGCGCUGUUCUCGCUCCGGAGCCGCUGCACAGUUCGUCUCCCCGCGUAGAGCUGGUCCAUCUUACGCCAUAGGCCUGCGGGCCGCUCUCCCGAGGAACCGUCCGUCGCCCUCGCUGUGCUGGCUGUGUGUGCGUUUUCCCGAGCUCCCCGAGGCCCGGGCACGCAGUCGCGCUGGGCCCGAUCGGAGCCCCAUUUCCUCAGUGCUUCUCCCCCUAACGAUGCCAGGUCAGGGCCCGCUCUGGCAGUCAGCCUCAGCUGUGGCCUCCCAGAGAUUGCUGCUGCACAUCAUUUUGCGCACAUUCAAAAUGGAAUCUUCUGCAGCUUUAUUGUGUGAGUAAAAACUAAGUCACAUCCAAAAUUCCAUUGAACUGGGCACACAAAAACUGUCAUAUAUGUCACAGUUUACUGAAAAAGAGCCAGCAGCAAUGGAUCAAGAAUCCAACAAGGCUGCCUGGCCCAAACCAGCGGGAGGAUAUCAGACAAUCACAGGCAGGAGAUAUGGAAGAAGACAUGCCUAUGUCAGUUUUAAACCUUGUAUGACAAGGCAUGAAAGAAGCUUGGGUCGAGCUGGUGAUGACUAUGAAGUGUUGGAACUAGAUGAUGUUCCAAAGGAAAAUUCCUCAGGUUCCAGUCCAUUGGAUCAAGUUCAGUCUUCUUUACCCAACAAUCCUUUAUUUGAAAAAAGUGAAACAGAAAUUCCCAUUUGUGAUACAGCAUUGAAUCAGACCAUUGAGAGCAGUCCAUCCUUUGCUGCAGUACAACAUAGUGGGGAAGGCAGGGAGACCUUAGGAAGCAGUACAAAUCUUCAUAAUAACUCUGAGGGAGAAUAUACUCCAGCAGCCUGUAAUGCCUCAAGUGUCCAAAAUGGAAUUGCAUUGGUUCAUACUGACUCUCAUGAUCCAGAUGGCAGACAUGGAGAGGAGGAUAAUGACCGUCUUCAGCCUUCUUCAGAAGUUGUGGAAGGUGGUAGAUAUCAGGAAGCUUUGGGCAGUACAAUAUUUGAGUUGGAAAAUGGAGAGGUAGAGGCAAAUACAGGUCUUUUACCACCAGUUCCCGCUUUUAGCUGUGAGAAACGAGAUGAUUUUGAAGAGUUUGAUUCAGCUCCUUUAGUGAAAAGUUCUACUGGUGACAUUGUCAGUCAAACCAAUCAGGAAUUUCAGAGGUCCUCCUCUGAAGAGGAGAUUAUUAGAAAGAAAGAACAAAAUAAUACUAGCCAGGAGAGAAAGAGAGAAAAUUCAACUGAAGAUACAGCCUGUGCUCUGGGGCAUAUUUGCAGUGAACAAAAUACCAGAGAUAGGGACAACAAGCAGGGAAGUUCUCCUGAACAGGUAGUGAGGCCUAAAGUUAGAAAACUGGUAAGUUCAAGCCAGGUGAACCAAGAAUCAGGUUUUAAUAGGCAUGAGGCUAAACAAAGAAGUGUUCAGAGGUGGAGGGAGGCUUUGGAAGUUGAGGAAAAUGGCUCAGAUGACCUCUUGAUAAAAUGUGAUGACUACGAUGGAGAACAUGAUUGUAUGUUCUUGGAUCUACCUUUUGCACGAGUUACACAGAGUGAAACAGAAAAUAACCAAAUAACAUCAGAAAGUGGAGCCACAGCAGGAAGGCAAGGAGUUAUGGAUAACACCUUUUGGAAUGGCUGUGGAGAUUAUUACCAACUGUAUGACAAAGAUGAAGACAGUUCAGAGUGCAGUGAUGGAGAAUGGUCUGCUUCUUUGCCGCAUCGAUUUUCUGGUACAGAAAAAGAUCAGUCCUCAAGUGAUGAAAGUUGGGAGACUCUACCAGGAAAAGAUGAAAAUGAACCUGGACUACACAGUGAUAGCAGUAGUCCUGAAGAAAACCAAGAAUUAUCUCUUCAGGAAGGGGAACAGACAUCCUUGGAAGAGGGAGAAAUUCCUUGGUUGCAGUACAAUGAAGUCAAUGAAAGCAGCAGUGAUGAGGGAAAUGAGCAGGCUAAUGAAUUUGCACAGCCAGAGGCUUUCAUGUUGGAUGGUAACAAUAACCUUGAGGAUGACUCCAGUGUGAGUGAAGAUUUAGAUGUGGACUGGAGUCUGUUUGAUGGCUUUGCGGAUGGAUUAGGAGUUGCUGAAGCUAUUUCUUAUGUGGAUCCUCAGUUCCUCACCUAUAUGGCACUAGAAGAACGCUUAGCCCAGGCUAUGGAGACUGCCCUGGCACAUUUAGAGUCUCUUGCAGUAGAUGUUGAGGUAGCCAAUCCACCAGCCAGUAAGGAGAGCAUUGAUGGUCUUCCAGAGACACUUGUUCUUGAGGAUCACACUGCUAUUGGUCAGGAGCAGUGCUGUCCAAUCUGUUGUAGUGAGUAUAUCAAAGAUGAUAUAGCAACAGAGUUACCCUGCCACCAUUUCUUUCACAAACCUUGUGUCUCAAUUUGGCUGCAGAAGUCAGGAACAUGCCCUGUGUGCCGUCGUCAUUUCCCACCUGCAGUUAUUGAAGCAUCUGCAGCUGCUUCCUCUGAGCCUGGUCACGAUGCCCCACCUUCAAAUGACAGUACUGCAGACGCUCCUUAAACCUUAACACUUGAAUGAGAUCAUUCUAUAAAGUAAAUCUGAAAAUUCCUUCUAAACCUGAUGUGCAAAUAAUUAUAUAUAAAUAUAUUAAAAUGCUAUAUAUAGUCUAUGCCAUAGUUUAGAAAGAGAAUAUUGACCUUUCUAAACUAAGUGUAGGUUUGCAGAAAGUACUAACAUUUUCAAGCUGAAUGUUGAAGCAGUACAUCCAGUUUUUUUUUUAGUUGAAGGUGUUGAUAUUAAUUGAAAAAGUCAAGCUGAUCAUUUGACUCUCUCCAGAAGAAAUAAUUAUCUGUGUGGCACGCGUUACUAGUUUUGUCUGAAUAUUGCCACUAAGUGAUUAUAAUUAGCUCUCCUAUUUGCAUCAAAUGUGAAGACUAUAAUCACAACAGUAGUAAAGUUUGGUUUCAUUGGAAAUAAAAAGAAUUCUAAAGCAUGCUUUUUCAUUGGUCCCUUUGCUUUUGCUACAUCAAAACCUCUUGGUUUAUAAUACUGAGUGGUUUUUUAGGAAGGUGUCUAGUCUUCCAUCUUUGUUUAAAAUUAGGACUUUUAAAGAAUUUCAAACUGGCUAAAAUUGUGGCUGAGCAUCACAAAAUUUCAAAAUCUUAUAUGUAACCCCCUGGAAAUGGUUAGGUAGUAAGAUAAAUUAUUUUUUUAAUGUUGGAUGUGCUUAAAGUCAGGUUAGUAAAGCAUAUGAACUAUCUAGUGUGCUCAGCGCCUGGUGAAUUAGAUGGCCUUAUAGAAAUUCUUUCUACUUGGUUAAAAUGAUACUUGAAGGUUCAGAACACUCCUGCCACAUUUGUUUAAUAACUAUUAGGUAUAGUUAUUGUAAGGUGAUUUUGGUUCUGAAAUAUUUUAGAAAGUCUGAAAACAUGCAUAAAGGGUUUUUAACACUCAUUCUAUUGUAUCCUAAAGGAAAAUCUGAAUCCUUAAAAAACGAUGUUAACUGUUCUGACUUGUAUAAAGCAUAAAAUUGAUGGGGUAUAGGACAAAAUUGGUCAUACCUUUUUUACAACAUAUCUAAACUUUACUAUGUUAUAAUUUAUUUCUUUAAAGUUUCCUGAACAAAUAUUAUUUAUAUCACAUUAUCAGUAUUUGUUUCUUUACACUAAUUUAUUUUGGUAAAAUUAUUCACCUGGAACUAAAAUAAAAAUAAGUAGUUUCAAAUUAAGCCGAAUUAAGCCAUGACUGAAAAGGAAGUAGAUUAUAUGAUUGCCUAGUGACUGUGUGAACAGAACUUAACAUGUAACACAGCUUCUUUCUUAUUUUCCUUUGUUUAAAGGAGAAAAGAAGAUCCUGACCUCAGAUUUACCCUCUAAAAGAGUUUUCUGUUCAAAAGCUUCUACAAAAGUAAGGAAGUCAGCUUUCCUUAUUCUUUUUAUGGGAAAUUGACCUACAAGGCCAUCUUUGUAAUUACAUAACCCCCAACGAAGACUGCACAGCUUUCUGCUUAGGUGAUCUCACCCAAUAGACAAUUAUGUAUAAACAUGGAUGCAAUAUUUAACUUACGGAUAUGAUUUGAUAUCAAACACCAGAGAAUGAUGGCUGUUAGAAUACCAUAUUUGAGCAAGUAAAAUAGUAAAGCACAUAGUGAGUGUACAUCCAUUUGAGUAGAAAAUUUAUAAUUUAGUUUGGACAUAUAAAAGGAAUAUUUAUGUGGCUUCCCAAAUGCAAAAUUACAUUUAUAUGUAUAAUUUCUCUGAGUAUUUAUAUUCCAUCUCUUUUCUUUAUUCUUAAAAAUAAGUGAAUUUUCACUGUUGUCACAUUUGAGGCUUAAAUAUAAGGAAUAUAACACUUGCAUUCUAAUUUUUGCAUAUAUUGUAAAUGUGUCUGGUAUUUACAGCAAAUACUGUGUAUCCUUUUAUGAGUAAAACAAACUGAACAUUGCAUGUAUGUGAUGUGGUGACUUUGUAACUUAGGGGUUCUUUGGGCUUCUGUGACUUUGGAAAUGCUUACAUUCAGGCCUUAAUGUUGCAUUAGCUGGCAUGUUUUCCUUCUGAUGUACAUAGUCUCUGUUGUAUAAACUAAUCUUUGCUUGUUUUCUACUCUGUGAUCUUUCCACACCAUAUUUCAUUGAUCAGUUAGUGUCAAGGAGUCAAAUCAGAUUAAAAUUAAUUCUCAUGUGUAUAUUGUGAAAAUUUGUGACUAGUAUGAUUUUGUUUGUUUCCUUUUUGGUUUCCAGAAAUUUGUGGCUAGUGUUUUUUUAUGUUGUUGUUUUUCCCUUUAAGUAAUAUUGAUCAGUUACUGGUUAAACUGACUGCUACAGAUUUCUCUUUAAUAAGCCACACGUUAUAUUUAGGCAGUAUUAAGGGAGCUUGGUUUUCUUCUCCUAGAUAGCAGUUGUCCCAAAGAAUAUAUUUCUUCUUUGCCUGUUAAGAUUUAGCUAUUAUCUGCCAGUUGUUAGGCGGUUUUGGUUCCAAACUCAACCAGCAGCGUUGAGAGCUGAACUUAAGAUAGCUGUUGUACUUUUUGCUUUCCAUCUGUUUCUGUCCUUCAUUCUUGGCUCUCUGUUAUCUAUAAACAGCUGCUAUGAAGGAAGAAAGUUAAAUAAGAGUUGGAUUAUAAAAAUUUUUUAAAAGAAAAUUGAGGUUUUAGGUAUUUUCAUUGUAACAAGCUGAUAAAAGCUGAGGCUGACAAGUUCAGACACCAGAAUAUUGUUUGAUCAGAUUUUGGAUCCUUUUGAAAAAGUUAAGACUACAUGAAGGUAAAUUAGAAAUAAGUAUAAAUAAUAAAAAUGUUUUUUCCCUUAUUUCUCUAUUAUAUGUUAAGUUACUUGACCUAAUAAUUUUUCUUUUACAUUUUCUUCUUGUAAUAUAAAUGCUGAUAUUUAAAGAUAGAUCCAUAUGGUUUUCUUCUGUGUUGCUUAAUUGUUUAUUUGUAAGCUAACUAACUCUCAAGAUUAUUUGUGAUCUGGAUUUAUAUAUAAGCUGUUAAAUAUGUAUGAACUGUUCAAAUGGAAUGCAAGUUUUUCAAAAGCCCAGGUCUAAAUGUAAUGAUUGGUUUAUUGUUCUACAACUCCACUCUAUCAUUUUCUGUAAAUCAUAAACAAUAAACAGGAUAUACUCAGUGGU